AUGAAGAUCUGCGUGGCCACCAUUCUGUCAAUCGCCCUCCUUCUGGGUAACUCUGUCAAGCUCCGAGCUUCCGUUACUGGGCCGGUUCCCGCGGACGGUGAUGGUCCUGCGUCUCAGAUGUGUCAGCAGUGCUGCCAGGGACCUGCCGCAAUACCCGGCAUACCAGGUCUGCCUGGGCCAGUAGGACCAAUGGGGCCAUACGGUCAGCCGGGGUCAAAGGGCGUUGCAGGUCAGCAAGGUGAGAUUGGCCCUAUUGGGCCUAUGGGUGAGCGGGGAGCACCUGGGAACACUGGGUCUAAAGGUGACGAUGGGAUUGGUCUGCCUGGCAAGAUAGGUCCGACAGGGCUACCGGGGUUUGUUGGAGGAACCGGGGAAACUGGUGUCAAAGGUCAGAAGGGUGAGCCAGGGGAGACACCAGACGACUCCAACCAGCGGAUUGCAUUCACCGUGGUGAGGACGAGCAGCUCGGAUACCUCUACGAGUAACCACUACCGUUUGCCCUUCCAGCAGGCCAAGACACUUCUGCCAGGUACCAGCUUCGAUCUCGAGACCGGUACGUUCACCUGUAGCGUGCCGGGCACUUACGUAUUUACGUUUUCUGUUCUUAAGUAUAACAACAACGGUAACCUUCGCAUCCAUCUUGUUAAAAACAACUACAAGGUGAUCACUACCUAUGGUGAAACAGGUCAACGUGGUCAGUUGUCUGGGAGCGCGGUGCUGGUUCUGCAGCGAGGAGACACGGUGUAUCUUACCAUGAACGGUAGGGCGUACAGUGAUUCCACCUAUCACUACACCUCAUUCAGUGGCUUCCUCCUUUUCUCCGAAUAAAUAAAUAAUUAAAUAAAUACAAUGAAACCAAAACGCAUAAAUAUACAGGAGCAGUGCUGCAUUUUUUUGGUUUCGCUUUCCAUUUUGCCAAAACAGUAACCAAUGAAUUAAAAGAAAAAUGUUCAAUGUCAUGAUACUAAGAAAGAUAAUUGAUUCUUAACACAAAGCAUUUUAACAUUCAAGUAUCAAAGCUGCGUAAAAACAGUUAAUUAAAAAGAAGUUAAAUAUAUGACUUUUGAAAAAGAAGGUUUUAGAUGCGAUUGAAAACACUUCAAAUUCGUUUUUUUUGCUCAAAUAACUUGGAAGUCUGCACGGUCACCGUAUGCCUUGCCAGUCUUUGGACAAACUCUAGGAAGAUUAAACUGAACCCCAUCACAGCUUUUAGUGCGCGCGAAUGUUUAACGCAUGAACUGGUAUUUACUCUGUGAAGUACCGUAGCGCUGCCUCACCAUGGCGGAUAAGUUUGAAAAGUACCGAAGAAUCUUGAAUUCUUUCCGCACCGUAACCAAGAGCCAACGUAGUUCCUGAAGUAUGGGCGUACGACCCUUCCUUCUGCAUAUAUGUUGUUAUUUCUUAAACUGGUCAUCGUAUGAAAAAACAUAAACCGUUACAAUAGUCUGUCUGGCAAGUAACAAAUGCAUGUAUUAAAAUAUAUUGUUGUUGUUAAAAUAUAUUGUUGUUUUUUUUAUUUGCAUUUCGCAUACCGUAUACAGCCAGAGAUUAAAUGAAGUCUGGUGAUAUCAUUUAUUUAUCCUCAGAAACUUUUUUUCUUGAAAAAAAACCAAGAGUUUAAAAUUGCGCCACAGUGAACCAAGAACUCUCAACUUUUGUUAAACACUUUAGUUUGUAUCCCAUGUUAUACAUGUGUAAUUGAGUUUUUGUUUCAUGUGAAAAGUUGAGUUUUAGAGCUUUCACUUUGAUGAAAUUGUUUAUGUUUUAAUGUAAGUUUAGUUGAUAAUGUGACACAAUAUCAGAAGAUUACGCAAUUAUGAUUCUAUAGAAUAUAUUUGAUUGUAAGAAUUUGUUUUCCAAGUAUACAUUUGAGGAUGUGCUCUUGUAAGCAGCUAAACCAAUUUAAGCACAGACAUUAAUCAUAUAACAUGUAAUCAGUAUCGAGUAUAAAUGCUCAAAAACUGUAUUUUGAACAUUACUUUAAUUGAACAUUUAGCUUUUAACAAUGUGGAAAACCUUGUCCCACUCGUAAUACAUUCCAUCGAAUUCCUCUCAAGAAAGUAAAAUUACAGAGAAAUAUUUGUCGUUGAAAUGAACGAGCAAAUCACAGUCUGACUUUUACGAACAAAAUAAUUUCUUAUUAAGCACUUAAAUCUGUGAUUAUAGAUAACAAUUUUAAUC